CGGCGCCCACCUGCCCACCCGCGCCCCCUCGCCUUCCCAGGCUGCGCGCGCGCGCGCCACCAUGGCCACGAUGGUGCUUCCGCGGGAGGAGAAGCUGAGCCAGGAUGAGAUCGUGCUGGGCACCAAAGCGGUCAUCCAGGGGCUGGAGACUCUGCGCGGGGAGCAUCGCGCCCUGCUGGCCCCCCUGGCCGCGCCCGACGCCGCCGGCGAGGCUGCCGAGCCCGGCUCGCAGGAGCGCUGCGUCCUCCUGCGCCGAUCCCUGGAAGCCAUCGAGCUGGGGCUGGGGGAGGCACAGGUAAUCCUGGCGCUGUCGAGCCACCUGGGGGCUGUGGAGUCAGAGAAGCAGAAACUGCGGGCGCAGGUGCGGCGGCUGGUGCAGGAAAACCAGUGGCUACGCGAGGAGCUGGCGGGGACGCAGCAGAAGCUGCAGCGCAGUGAGCAGGCCGUGGCCCAGCUUGAGGAGGAGAAGCAACACCUGCUGUUCAUGAGCCAGAUCCGCAAGCUGGACGAGGACACCUCCCCGAGUGAGGAGAAGGGGGACGUUCCCAAGGACUCUCUGGACGAUCUAUUCCCCAAUGAGGAGGAGCAGAGCCCAGCUCCCAGCCCUGGAGGAGGGGAUGUAGCUGCCCAGCACGGAGGCUAUGAGAUCCCCGCGCGACUCCGCACCCUGCACAACCUGGUGAUCCAGUAUGCGUCACAGGGCCGCUAUGAGGUGGCCGUGCCGCUCUGCAAGCAGGCACUCGAGGACCUGGAGAAGACAUCAGGCCACGACCACCCUGACGUGGCCACCAUGCUCAACAUCCUGGCACUGGUCUACCGGGACCAGAACAAGUACAAGGAAGCUGCCCACUUGCUCAAUGAUGCCCUGGCCAUCCGGGAGAAGACAUUAGGCAAAGAUCACCCAGCAGUGGCUGCGACACUCAACAACCUGGCGGUUCUAUACGGCAAGCGGGGCAAGUACAAGGAGGCUGAGCCACUGUGCAAACGGGCACUGGAGAUCCGUGAGAAGGUCUUGGGUAAGUUUCACCCAGAUGUGGCCAAGCAGCUCAGCAACCUGGCCUUGCUGUGCCAGAACCAGGGCAAAGCCGAGGAGGUGGAGUACUACUACCGGCGGGCACUGGAGAUCUAUGCCACACGCCUCGGGCCGGACGACCCCAACGUGGCCAAGACCAAGAACAACCUGGCUUCCUGCUACCUGAGGCAGGGAAAGUACCAGGACGCAGAGAUCCUGUACAAGGAGAUCCUGACCCGUGCGCACGAGAAGGAGUUCGGUUCCGUCAAUGGGGACAACAAGCCCAUCUGGAUGCACGCCGAGGAGCGUGAGGAGAGCAAGGAUAAGCGCCGGGACAGUGCCCCCUAUGGGGAAUAUGGAAGCUGGUACAAGGCCUGCAAAGUGGACAGCCCCACAGUCAACACAACCCUGCGCAGCCUGGGAGCCCUGUAUCGACGCCAGGGCAAGCUGGAGGCCGCACACACACUGGAGGACUGUGCCAGCCGCAGCCGCAAGCAGGGCCUGGACCCUGCCAGCCAGACCAAGGUGGUAGAGCUGCUGAAAGACGGUGGCAGUGGGCGGGGAGACCGCCGUGGUGGCCGGGAUGGGGCAGCUGGGCCUCGGUCUGAGUCGGACCUGGAGGAGGCAGGGCCUGCAGCCGAUUGGAGCGGGGAUGGCAGUGGCGCCCUGCGGCGCAGUGGUUCCUUUGGAAAGCUCCGGGAUGCCCUGAGGCGCAGCAGCGAGAUGUUGGUGAAGAAGCUGCAGGGCGGGGGCCCCCAGGAGCCCCCCAACCCCAGGAUGAAGCGAGCCAGUUCCCUCAAUUUCCUCAACAAGAGUGUGGAAGAGGCUGUCCAGCCCGGAGGUCCUGGCCUCUCCGACAGCCGCACCCUCAGCUCCAGCUCCAUGGACCUCUCUCGACGAAGCUCCCUGGUGGGCUAGGCCUGAAGGGGCAGCCAGCUGCCAGAGCCGCUGCCCAGCACAGCCCCCAGCCCUGCGCAUGGGCCUGCUGCUUGUCCCGCCUGCCUCUCCCCAGGACCCCCUUUUCUGUUCAAUCUCAGGGUAACCUCCUCCUUUGUCAUCUCAGCCUUGGCCGGGGGGCCUGGCUGCCCCGGCUGCUCCCCGUAUGUAUUCCUUCCGGCGGAGCCCCUCCUCCCCGGGCCCAUGGGAGGGGCUGGCAGCCCACCUUCCAGAGCCAAGAACACUAGGCCCCCGCCUCCCCGGCGGUUGCUUCUGUAUAUAGAGAAAUAAGUUAUUGGCCAUGCCCCCCACCCCCGGCCCACAGGACUCCUCAAUGUCUCCUCGUCCCCUUCUCUAGAGGUACCGCCCAGGCCUUAAUCAACCCCAUCUCCGCGCGGGGGCGAGGGUCUCCCAGGCCCAGGAGCUGCGCCGCCCCCCAGGCCGCCGGACCUUCUCACGCCCCUCCUGGCCCCCCAGGGAUGCACACCAGCUCGCCAUCACCCGGGCCAGAGGGUCCUCGCUCGUUGCCGUCCAUCCUAGCAGCCGGGCCCUGCGCCGCACCCCGGCCUUAUGCACUGCUCCUCGUCCGGUCGCCCCUGGAGCCGUUCCUGCCACACCCCGUCUCGCACCUGCAGCUUCUCGCGAGGGGCGGGAGAGGCUGCCCCUGUUGGGGUGGGCAUGAAGCGGGCGCGCCCUGUUUUCAGAUGUCACUAUA